AUGGAGCAUUAUCAGUUUGCUACAAAUUUGGUGAAUGCUGGGAAUGGAACAGCUGGUUGUGAGGUCGUUGAUGCCAAUCAGCAUCACCACCAACAGCAGCAGCAGCAGCAGCUCCAGUUACUUGCAAAUCAAUCACUGUUGUCCUCACAACCACAACAACUUGCCUUUAUCCAGAAUGUUCCAAACAGUGCCGUCCAGCUCCAAGCAGCCAUACAGCCCCAGGUGAUCCAGUUAAACCAGGGGCAGAUAAUUGGAGCACCAAAUCAGCAACUGAUGUUUUCAGCUCUACCUCAAGCAGCCAACACGCAAGCCAUUCCCAUUCAAACUGUUCAAGGAGGCCAACCAACGGCCGUUGCAUCAACACCAACAUUACAAACGCUUGACAUGUUUGCUGCUGGUCAGCAAUAUACUGGUCAACCUAUCCAACCACAACAGAUAAUGCUCCAGCAGGCACCUGGUCAACAAUUAAUUCCAGCCACUCAGCUUGGGGCCAGUCAGUUAAUACAAACCCAAGAUGGUCAGCUUAUUCUUUGUCAGCCUAUUAUUGGUGAUUUACUGAAACGGUUACAAACACAACAACCACAGCAGCCACAACAGCCGCAGCAGCAACACCAAAAUUCCAAUGUGAUCCAAUUAGGCAAUGGCAUGAACAUUGCGUGCUCAAGUCCAGUACCAACAGUUCCAUCAAUUUCCACAUUGCAAUCUGUCAAUCAACUGACAAGCACAACUCCUGCCACUCCUGGUACACCGAUAAGCACAAGCAGUAGCCAGUCCCCACCUGCAUCAUCACCCUUACCUCCAAAUACUUCAUCACCUGUGGACAGUACUUUACAAGCAGUGCCAAAUGCAAAUAGCAUAGUCAUGAUGGUUCCUGAGGAUGCAUCCCCCAGUUCAAGUACAGCUACUACAAUCCAGCGAAUACCAAUUCCUGGAACAGAUUUACUGGAAGAGGAACCUUUAUACGUUAAUGCCAAACAAUAUCACAGAAUUUUAAAACGGCGUCAGGCAAGAGCAAAACUUGAAGCUGAAGGAAAAUUGAGAAAAGAACGAAAGAAAUAUUUACAUGAAUCCAGGCAUCGACAUGCCAUGAACCGAAUACGAGGAGAUGGUGGACGUUUCUACUCCAUCAAAAAAGAUGGUCCAUCAGAAUUUAAACUGUCACCAAAACAUGAUGAGGAUGGAUCACCAGUUUGUGGCAUGUUGGACAUGGAUGAAGCUCAAUUGGCAUCUGUAAAUUUUUUAACAAAUGGAGCCACACUGACUAACAGGUACAUAAUAUUGUCAAAAUAUUUUCUCCAUGGCUGUAUCAUCACAUUUGGACAAAUUUACAUGAAUUAA